CUUAGUUAUCGAGAGAAAGAGUAAAAGAGGAAGAGUUCUUUUUUUUGGUUCCGAUCUAUGCAAGUCUUCCCAUUCAAAACUCCAUGGAUUUUCAUUCCACUCCACUCCAUUUCUCCUUCGUUUAAGGUAUUUCUUUAAAUCUCUGUUAGAUUUUACUUGUUCUUGUGGAUAUUGAUUGCAGACAAGUAGUAACCCUAGCUUAACACAGACACUGUGUGAUUCAUUUGGUAACUUGCUCUUGGAAUUGCACUAUGGAUUUUGACAAGCUUGAAGUUGUAGAUGCAACACCUCUGCGUUCUCUUCCUCCAGGCAUAACCCCUUUUCCUCCUCCUACAUCAAACCCCACACCAGUUAAAGGUAAAGUUAGUGUGUCAAAGAGAAAAAACUCAAAAACCCCUUCAUCAAAGACUACUAGUAGUGCAAAACCAACCAAGAAAAUCAAGAUUAGUGAAGAAGUUAGGUUGUCAUCACUAGAAGGGGAUAGUGCAUCUGUAUCAGGGGUUUUGAUGAAAUUUGAUGCACUUAGAAGAAGGCUACUCCAGAUUGGAAAUGAUGAACCCAAUCAGCGGCCGGAUUUAAAAGCUGGUACGAUAAUGAUGAGUAAUGGGUUCAGAACCAAUACGAGGAAGAGGAUUGGGAAUGUUCCGGGGAUUGAUGUUGGAGAUAUUUUCUAUUUCAGGAUUGAGACUUGCUUGGUUGGGUUACAUACUCCAAUUAUGGCUGGAAUUGAUUAUUUGGUUUCGGAGGAGCCUCUUGCGGUGAGCAUUGUUUCGUCUGGAGGGUAUGAAGAUGAUGUUGGGGAUGGGAAAGUGCUGAUUUAUACUGGCCAAGGUGGGAAUGUCUCUACUGAUCAAAAGCUUGAGAGGGGAAAUCUCGCAUUGGAGAAAAGUUUGCACCGGGGAAAUGAAGUUAGGGUUAUUCGCGGUGUCAAGGAUAUUGAGAAUCCAAAUUGUAAAGUGUAUAUGUAUGAUGGUCUGUAUAAAAUUCAAGAGUCAUGGACGGAUAAAAGCAAAAUGGGUGCGGCUGUUUUUAAAUAUAAGUUGGUGAGAAUACCUGGGCAACGUGAAGCAUUCACUAUUUGGAAAUCAAUUCAGACAUGGAGGAAUAACAUUAGCUCUCGGCCUGGGCUUAUAUUACAAGACAUAACCUCAGGAGCGGAGAAGAUACCGGUGUCUCUUGUAAAUGAGGUUGAUGGUGUUACAAAACCUCCUCAAUUUGUUUAUGUUACUGGUCUCAAGUAUUCCAGAACUAGGGAAUCUUCUAUUGGCUGCAGUUGUCAAGGUACAUGUGUUCCAAAUUCCGGUUGCUCUUGUGUUCGGGCCAAUGGAGGUGAUACCCCAUAUGCCAAUGGGGUUCUUGUGAUUCAAAAAUCUGUGGUACAUGAGUGUGGUCCUUCUUGUUCAUGUUACCCUGAUUGCAGUAACCAAGUGUCGCAAAAUGGUCUAAAACUUCGUCUGGAGGUUUUUAAGACCAAGGAUAAAGGUUGGGGCCUUCGGUCUUGGGAUCCCGUACGUGCUGGUACGUUCAUCUGUGAAUAUGCUGGGGAAGUCAUUGGUAAAGAUGAUAGGGGAGGAGCAAAUGUAGAUGAUGAAUAUACCUUUAACGCCACCGAUACAGGAAACUACUACUCAAAAGAAUGGAAUUAUGUUCCAGAGCUAAUAGAGGAAGAGAGGCACAUGGAUUCGGAUGAGAAAUUCAAGCCUUCAUCUCCCAUAAUGAUCAGUGCCAAGAAGAUGGGAAAUGUCGCUCGGUUCAUGAACCAUAGCUGCUCUCCAAAUGUUCUUUGGCAGCUCGUCUUACAUGGCAAAAAAAAUUUUCAGCUGUAGGCAUGAAUCAGAAAAGCAGUCAUCAGGCAACUGUUUGAACAAAUGCUAGCCCUUCAUGUAUUGUUCCAGCCGAGGUUAACAUGGCUAAAGGAUGGGGUGUGUGGCAAUUGAUAGUGAAGACUAGAUCUCCACUGCAGCUUUUAGUGGAUGUAAAGGUUAAUGAUGGCAGUUUAACACGAUUCAGCUUCUAGUGGAUGUGAAGGUUAAUGAUGGCAGUUCAACACAUUCUGGAAGCACUGGUGGCUGAAUAAGAAAAAGGUUAUCGUUUGUCUUCUUCGUCUAUUCGAACUUUUUGCUCGAACAAGGAUUCAGUGGUGAGUUACAUUAGCAGUUUCAUGGUUUCUAUAGUUCAUCUAACAACUGAAGGAAAUAUAACUGCGAAUUGGCUGCCAGAAAAUCUAAAGAAAGGGAGAUUAGACUAUUUUUGUUACAUGAUUACUGUGAUGAAUGUAGUAAAUUUUCGGUAUUUCUUGGUAUGUGCUAGGUGGUAUAGGUACAAGGGUAGUGUCACUGCAACCUAAGAGGUAGCUGAAAACCAUUGCAAGGGUAUAUUGAUUUGUGAGGUGUAACGAGAGUGUAAGAGAGAUGUUUCCGAGGUGUAAUAAAAGUAUGUUGUUUCUCUUUC